CACCCUGGUUUUGUUUGGGUUUCUGACCAUUAUCCUCCUCGUGUAUUUUAACGCCGGGUCUAAAUCUCAUGGAAUCGCCAACUUUCCUCCGGGUCCCGCUCCUCUCCCAGUGAUUGGCAACCUGCACAUGUUGGAUCUGAAGAAGCUGCACAAAUCUUUGAUGGAGCUAUCUGAGAAAUACGGCACAGUAUUCAGCAUCAAGCUAGGACCCAGAAAUGUGGUGGUGCUGACCGGCUAUGAGGCAGUGAAGGAUGCACUUGUUAACCAUGCAGAGGAAUUUGGUGAAAGAGCAUGCAUCCCAAUAUUUGAGACGACCGUAAAGGGACAUGAUUUUGGAAUGGGCAAAAAAACCAUUGAAGACAAAAUAAUUGAGGAAACCGAUUUUCUGAUAAAAAUGAUUGAUUCUUAUAAAGGCCAACCCUUUAAUCCAACCAUCAAACUGAACUCUGCUGCGGCCAACAUAAUUUGCUCUAUAGUUUUUGGGGACAGAUUUGAUUAUGAGGAUGAAAUGUUUGUCAGUUUAGUAAAGAAAGUGAACGAAAACAUUCAACUCGCUGGUUCGACUAUGGUCCAGUUGUACAAUGCAUUUCCCUUCUUGGGAUUUCUUCCUGGAUCACACAAAAUUUUUUUCUCCAACACCAAGCAGAGUAUUGCUUUCUUCAAGAACUUCUUUAACAAAAAUCGUCAGAAACUGGAUGUGAAUGACCUCAGGAGUUUUAUUGAUGCAUUCAUGUUGAGACAACAGCAGGAAUUGGACAAUCCCAAUUCAUACUUCCAUGAAAACAACUUAACAUACACCGCAACCAACCUGUUUGCUGCAGGGAUGGAGACCACCUCGACCACAAUUCGUUGGGGAAUGCUCCUGAUGAUGAAAUAUCCAGAGAUUCAGAGAAAAGUUCAUGAGGAAAUUAUCAGAGUUAUUGGAUCAGAACGAUCUCCCAGAGCUGAAGAUCGAAAAAGUUUGCCAUACACUGAUGCAGUGAUCCAUGAAAUCCAGAGGUUUGGUGACAUUGUGCCACUGAGCAUCACACAUGAAACCACAGUGGACUUAAACUUCAAAGGAUACUUCAUUCCAAAGGGAACCCACGUGAUUCCAUUGCUGUCCUCUGUGCUGUACGAUAAAACCCAAUGGGAAAAACCAAAUGAGUUCAACCCGUCUCACUUUCUGGACGUUGAGGGCAAGUUUGUGAAGAGAGAUGCCUUCAUGCCUUUCUCUGCAGGUCGGAGGGCCUGUGUUGGUGAGACCCUGGCUAAGAUGGAACUGUUCCUGUUCUUUACUGCUCUGAUACAAAAAUUUAAGUUUCAAGUUCCGCCGAAUGUCAGUGAAUUGGGGCUCGAGUCUGGUGUGGGAUUUACUUCAUUCCCGAAGUACCCGUACGUGUGUGCUGUCCGUCGCUAA